GAUGGUCUUUUGGUCCGCUGCUUGAUUGGCUCCAACUUCGCUGGCGUCGGCAGUUUCUGCGUGGUGUCAGGGUCGGGUGUUUGCGUCAAAGCGCGGGCACCAGACUUUUGACGCAAACGCUCCUUCUCUCUGUUGAAGACCUGGGCCAACCAUCAAUAUUAUUCUGUUGAGAGUAUAUGGAAACAGCUGUACCUCCAUGGUUUUGAGCCGGUCAGGAGUUAGCGAGACCUUCAUGGUAGAACCAGAACGCAUCAUGUUGUCAAAGUCUUGAGACCGAGAGUCGUCCUGUAUGUCCAGAUUGAUUGCUUUGCAACAACACUUCCUACGGAUUCUGCUUUUUUAUGUCCGUUGCCAUGGUCAUUGCCUGUAGGAUAGUCACUUGAAGUUCGGCUAUUUGCAACAAACAUUUUCAUCGCCCUCGCCUUCUCAAAUGAGGUCCUGGACGAAUGAGCAACAGGCGUGGCCACUGCGUUCGGACCGUUGUUGGGAGAAUCAGUAGAUAUGCGCGAGCGCGUCCCAUUCCCAUUGCCAGUGGUUUGUUUAGGAGGCAGUUCGGAGUCAUGAGAUGCUGGAGUACGCUGUUCGCCUUGCUUUUCACGGGAAAAUGACUUGCUUCGUCGCGGCCUUGUCAUCUUGGAAAGAUUCUCGAUUUGCUCGUAAACUGCGGAUUUGGCGUGAAAAGAUCAAAACACAAGCAUCAGUAUAUUUAAUGAAUACGGACCUUUCAUACUCUUGAAAAGGUUAUAUAUCGAUCCAUCUUCGCAGAGUGCAACAAAAAGGUCUUGUACGUUUGCCGUGGUUCGACUGCUAUCCCGGGUCGCAACACGCCCUACAUUUGAUAACACGUUUCUAGACAAUUAUCUUCAGUAAUGAAUCGUCGUGCAAUAGAGUAACAUACUCGCAAACAGAUCUAUUUUCCAUUGUCUUAUCAGCGACAGCACAUGGAGAAUAGGAGGACAAACGUACUCCAAAAUUGCGGUCAGGUACAAAGCAGCUGGCGUGAGCAGCGCUUCUUUUGGAGGAGUGACACCGUCAACGUCCAUACGCUCAUACAAUCGCGACUCCGCCUCUGGGUCUUCGUCUGUAUCACUCAGAGUCGAAUAUGCUUCGCACUUUAACCUCAAUAGCUGCAAAAAUGUCGUAAGAGAUGCAGCGUUGCAGUUGAUAAGAAUGAAAUAAAUAUAAUUACUUCAAACAUCCAUUGCAGAUGAAAGUUGGCAC